AUGGACCCUAGACAGAAUAACGAUAUAUUUAAUUGCAUUAUAUAUUUUGUAAAAAAUAAUAAUAUUAAUGAUGAUCUUAUAAGUGUGAAAAAUAUAUACAACCAUAUUAAAAAAAAUAAUAUUACUCCUAAUAUUGUAAAUCCGUUAGAUGAAGAUAGAAAUAUAUUUUAUAGUUUAUUUUCUAUAAUUUAUAAUAAAAUAAAAAUAUAUAUUAAUUUAUUAAGAAAUAAAAAAUAUAACAAUGAUUUUCCAAAUUUCCUAUCCAAAAAUUAUAUGAACAGUACAUAUAUUUCUAACAAUUAUAUAAAAACACAUGAUAUAUUAUAUAGUCCUAAAUACUAUGUAGCGAUUGAAUAUUUUAUAAAAACACUCUCACUAUGUGUUUCAAAAUUAAAUAUAAAAGAUGAAAAUAUAUUUUUUUUUUCGGGAAUAAAUAUUAUAUCUUCUUUGUUAGACCUGCAAAUGGCCGAAAAAGGAAACACACCUACAAAGGUUGGUAAAAAUGGUAAAAAUUGCGAAAUGUUAAACAAUGAAGAAUUCCAUUUAAUUGUAAUAAAAUAUGUUAAAAAUGUGUUUAAGUAUAUAUAUCCUCGCAACGCAUUUGAGGGGAUAAGCCCAGCUAACAUUACAACGCAAAGUAACACUACAAACACGGCUAACACUACAAACACGGCUAACACUACAAACCCAGCCAAUGCAGCCAGCUGCAAAGGUGAGAAGAAGGGGUGUGAGCUGGACAGAAAGUUGAAUAUAUUUUUUUGCCUUUUAAACAUUAUCCGGAAUUUGGUAGAAUUGAUUAUAAAUAAAAAUAAUAAAAUAAAAUUAAAAAGCCUAAAAUUAUUAUAUGUUAUUUAUAAAAAAAUAAAGAAUAAAUAUAUAAUAAAAAAAAUAUUUAAAUGUGUUAGUUUGAAUUUGUUUAUUUUAUACAAAAGUAUUAAUAUGAACAAAAUAAAAAUUAUUAUUUUAAAAAUAUUUAAAAUGUCUAUUGAUAAGAUGUUGAAAUAUUAUAUUUCCAUUAAUAAUGAUAUUAUUUUUCAAUAUUUAAAAAAAGCUAGCUAUAUUUCAUAUAAUACAUAUGAACACUUUCAACAAAAUGAUUUUAUAAAAACGAAUAAUUUGAUUGUGAAACAAUGUAUAUUAUCAAAAAUAAAUUUAGAACAAGACAAUAAAAAUUUGGGAAAAAAAUAUAUUUCUUUAAAUGACCAAUCUAUAAUUCCACAAAAAAAAUCAACUUAUUUAUUAAACAGUAUCGAAUAUAUAGAAGACAAAAAUAUUAUAUCUAACAUUUAUUUUAUAUGUUAUUAUAUUUUAUUCAAUAUAAAUUAUAAUGAAUAUAAAAAGGAUACAGAUUUUGGAGAUGAUAUAUGUGAAAUUUAUAAUUUUUGCAAAGUCAUUAUUAAAUAUUAUAAAAUUUUAAAUAGAAAUAUACUUCUUAUCACUUUUGUUUUUAUUUUGUCUCAAUUUUUUUAUGAUAAAGAUAUAAAUUUUUUAUCUAAUAUAAAUUUUUUGUUUAGUGAUAAUAUUUUACAAUAUUUUGAAGAUAACAAAUUGGAGAUUCAAAUUGUAGAAAAAUUAACACAAAUAUUAAAAAUCAAUUUUGACAAAUCGAAUAAAAAUAUAAAUCUUAAUCAGUACAUGAUUGCCAACGAAAGCGAUGAACAUGCUUCUUAUAAAAAUAGAGAAAGCGAAAAUAACAGAGAAAGCGAAAGGCGCUUCAAAAAUGUGUCAAAUUCAAAUCGAACUAUAAGUAUAGACAUAAAAAAAGAAGGGCCACUAUCUACUAAAUUAGGAAGCAAUUUUGCAAAUGAGCUACAUACAAUAUUUUUAAGUUUUAUAAAAAUAAUGUCAGAAAAAAAAGACAAAAAUCAGAAUUACAACGAAAUAAAUAAUUUUAUACUUGAUCAAUUAAAUUAUAAUAUAGAAAAUGAUUUUUUUAAAUAUUUAUAUAAUAUUUUUUUAUUAAAAAAAAAAAAUAAUAUUUUUAUUUUUAACUUUUUAACAGGAUACAUAUAUUACACUUUUAUUAAUCAUAAUCUUAAAAUAAAAAAUAUUAUUAAUUUUUCAACCCAUACUAAUAGUUAUCUUAUUUUUAAUUUUUUAUUAAAUCUGUAUGAAAUGGAUGAAAUGGAUGAAUUGUCUAACUUAUCACCAACUCAUAAUAAACCGCUUAAAACUAACAUAUACAAUAUAAUUUUAAACAAAAACAAUUCAUUUUAUUCCAUUGACAUAUUUAAUAACUCUCCUUUAUCUCUUUUUGAUAAUAUCCAAAACUUAUCAAAUUCAUUUUAUUUUGUCAAUUUGCUGACCCUGACAAAUGUGAAGAGUUGCUUUAAAUGCCAGCCUACAAGCCUGGUGAACAAGAUAAGCAUGUUUUUCUUUCUGGGAAUCGAAAGCAGCCAGCUCGAAAGAUGUAUAAAUCAUAUUUUAUCUUCCGAAUUUGAAUUAAAGAAUGAAGAAGAUAAUAAAAGUAAUGAGGAUAAAGGAAUGAAGGAAAAAUGUAAAAUUUUCCAUUUUUUAAAUCAUUUUCUUGAUUUUAUAAUUAUUUUAUUAUGGAUAAAAACAAAUAUAACAAGUUCUGAUGGAAAAUAUGUAUACAACAUUUACGAUAAGGCUGAUAUAUAUAAUAAAAAAUUAGAGACAGAAUUGGUAAAAAAUAUUUUAGUCGAAUAUUUGGAUAUUUUUAAUAAUUUUUUUUCUUUAGGAGUAAUAAUAAAACUAUCAAAAUUUAAAUUAAAUAUUCAAAAAAUUGUAGAAAAUAUAAUUUGUUUAUGUUGUAAAAAAAUUAAAAAAAAUAAAAUAUGGCAAGACAAUAAAAAAAAUAAUACACAUUAUUAUUUUAUAUCUUUGUUAAUUAUAUGUAUAAAUAAAUCUUUUCUAAUAUUACAUCUAACCAAUUUAUAUGAUAUAAUAAAAAAAUAUUUUUACGAAAAUCUCGUUUUAUUUUUGUUAAAUAUAAAUAGUGAUUCAAAUAUCAUCAAACAAUUAUCUGCUUAUUUUUUGUUUGCCACACACGGAUAUUUAUCUAGCAAUGGGAAAUGGAGCCAUAAAAUAGAAGAAAGUGGUAGCGAGAAACGAAAUGGUUGGCAUGGCGAGCUAGCCCAUAUAAUUGACCAAUACCAAGAUAUAAUAACUAGCUACAUCUAUCAAAAAUUAAUUAGCAUCGAAUCUAUUAAUAAAUGUGUGAAAAUAUUUAAACUAAUAAAAAUAUUAAUUUCAUAUAAUUAUUCUAAUAUAUAUAUAUAUAAAGACAUAUGUAUAAAUAUUAUAAAAAUUACAAAAAAAAAAAUAAAUGGUUUUUUGUUUUUAAAAAAUAGAAAUAAAAACAAUAUAGUAUUGAAUAUAAUAAAUAUUUUUAAUUAUAUACUUUAUUUAUUUUACAAAAUUAUAUAUAAAAACAGAAUAAAAAUAUUAUCUCAAAAAAAAUAUAUGUAUGCAAUAAAAGAUCAAAUAAUAAAUGGCCAUGUAUAUAUAAAUAUGAAUAAUUUGAAAAACGAAAUAAAAAAAAAAAAUAAUAUCAAUAAUUUAACCGAAAUAGAUGUAGAUAACAAUUUAUUUGAUCUAGAUCACAAAAUAGAUAUCCCUCACCAAUUUUUAGUCGAAAAAAAUAAAAAAAUAAUAUUUUUAUAUAAUUUAUUUUUUUUCAAAUAUAUAACAAAAUUUACAAAAGAAAAUAAAAACACAUUUUUAAAUAACGUAAAAAAUUUUUAUAAAAAUAUAAAAAAACAUAUUUACACAAAUAUUAAUUAUCAACAGGUUCCCAAUUUAAUUGUAGAUGAUUACUAUGAUAUAGUUAACCAAACAAAUAAUACAAAUUUCGAAAAAAAAAAUAAAAUAAAAAAUUAUCAGAAUAAUAAUUUAAAUAAUACAGAAUAUACAGAUCAAAAUACAUAUUCAAUUAUCAUAUCUACAACUUCGCACAUUUUUUAUUUUGCAAAGAAAUAUUUCUCCCAUGAUGACGAUUAUAUUCGAUACAAUGCACAAAUGUGUAUUCUCCAAUGUUUGUUUAUUUUUUCCACACACCGGCUUGAGUUGUUUCCCAAAAUAAAUCAAAUCUUAGAACAUAUAAAUGCGGAGCUUUCUCAAAAUCGAAGAAUUAGCAAUCUUAUCAUUUUGACGAUGUUAAAUUAUAUCACCAUAGUAGAUGAUAUAUUCCCAACAAAACAAAUUUCAAAAGAUAUUAUAUCAAAAUUAUGUCUCAAAUUGAAUAAGUUUGACAUAAAAAAUGGGUUGCCAAAUCAUAGUUACACGUACAGGUUUCUUGAAAAAACAAUGGAAAUAUUUCUGACCCUUUCUAGAAUCGAAAAAUGUUUUGACAAAAUAUGUCCAUCUAUUCUAUUUUUAUGUCUCAGUAUUCUUAACAAAUUAUAUGAUGAUAAAAUAAAAAAUAUCUCAUUAAAUAUAAUUUCUAACUUGUUUGUUACUAAUAUUCCUAAGACGAAGCAAACAAUCGAUAGCAUCCGAAAAAUAAAGGAAAAGAUAAAUUAUGUAUACAAUGGAAAUAUGUUAACUAAGCAAAUAAUAAAUAAAAUAAAUUCCAAACAAAUUAUAAAUGAUAAUGAACUUGUAGAUGAUUUAUCUUUCCUUUCAUGUUUAUUUAUGUCUGUCGAGUUAAAAGAAAUUAUUUUUUUAAUUCUUUCAAUAGAUUAUAACUUAAUCAUUUUUCUUAUAUUUUAUUUUGAUUUGUUAAUUAAAAAAUAUAAAUACAAAUGUCCCUUAAAUCGGCAUUCCUUAAUUAUUCAUAAUCAUUUUAAAAAUUGUUAA